AUGUAUCCAGAAAGCAUUAGCAGCUCAAUGAGGAUAUAUCCAAUACAAGUUCGAAGUAUAGCCUUUUUGUUGUGUUUUUUCUCACUUUCUCUAGCUGUAUUAGUUCCCUGGUUAGAUAACGAUCCUUUCUAUAAAUUACAAUUAGAGGAUGAAGCAAUACACUCAAGACAAAUAUCAGAUCUUCCUUCUGUGGUACCGCCUGAAGAAUUGACGGACGAAACUAGAAGUCUUCCAAAGCAUCUAACUAAAGUGCCCCAAUAUGUUGUUGAUAACUGUCCCUUAGUACAUUUGUACAGUGAAGAGCGUUAUUGGCCAUAUGAUAUCAAGAACUAUGUUAAUCAUUUCCAUUUGAGAGAAAGUAACGGUGCUAAGAUAACUACAGCACCUGAUAAACUUACGUUGCAAGAUCUACGGGCCGCAUAUACCUUCUCAUUUCCAAAUGGUACAGAAACUAAGAUAGCGAGUAGCGAACUAUAUAUGACUAGUAACGAAGAUUUUUCCAAAGACCCUUACUGGAUAGUUGGUAGUAUACCAGAGUAUGGAACUGGCCACAUUAAGGACGCGCCUGCUAUUCUUAUUGUUGUAGAUAAAGGAAAUGGAUGGGUCGACGCAUUUUGGUUUUACUUCUACCCAUUUAAUUGGGGACCAUUCAUUAUGGGAGGUGGUCCAUGGGGUAAUCAUGUUGGUGAUUGGGAACAUUCUCUGGUAAGAUUUCAUAUGGGAGAACCUAAAUACUUAUGGAUGAGUGCACAUGCAGGCGGUACUGCCUACAAAUUUGAAACUAUUGAAAAGGUGAGAAAACUGAAAAGAGUAAACGGCAAGCUUCAAAAUGAGAUCAUUUAUAGACCCUUGAUAUUUAGUGCUAGAGGCACACAUGCAAAUUAUGCCUCGGUGGGUCAGCAUUGGCAUGACGUACCUUUUUUCUUUAUGCCACUAAGUGAUUUUACUGAUCGCGGACCAAUGUGGGAUCCUGUUUUGAAUUACUAUGCAUACGCAUUCAAUGGAGAAGAUUUAGACGCUAUUGGAGACAAAGCUAAAGAAAUUGGAACCGAAUGGCUCGCAUUUUCAGGACUGUGGGGUGAUAAACAAUUACCAUGGAAGGAUUCAAGACAGAGAUGGUGUCCUGUGCAAUGGAAGUACAUCGAUGGUCCAACUGGCCCUUUUUUUAAGCAUUUAGAAAGAACCUCGUUAUGUGAAUCAUUCAAAUGGUGGAACAUCUGGAAAGGAUGUCCUGCAAGAAGAUAUAUAAAGAGAGGCACGGGACUUGACGCUGAAAGAAAUGAUGUUCUUGGUGAUAACUGUGGCAUCUUGCUUUACAACAUAAGGCCCCUUUGGCUGCGUGGAAUUGCAAGAUUUUUAAUGUGGAGAGGAUUUGUGUGUGCAAUUAUGGAUUAUUUCACAGGUUAA